UGUACCACUCUUCAGCUCUGCACAUUCCUCAGGCUCUAGCUCCAGCUCUGGUCCCCAUCCUGCCCAAGGAAACACAGAAUCCUUCAAGGAGACACACCUUCAGCAUGGCCCAGAAAAGCCAAACUGGUGGAACUGAGAAAAAUGAGUCCUCUCUCCUGUACUGCGAGGAUGAUUUCAAGGAAGGAGCCCUGCAGUGGGUGACAGACCCCCCUCAAGGCCGGGUGCUGCUGGUGCUCAGCAUGGACAACACCUGCCCCACCUCCUCCUUCGACAUGGACCUUUGUGCAGAGAAACUGCAGGCCCUCGGGGUCCAGGUGCUGGUGGAUCCAUGGAGAAGGCUGAUCCAGGAGGGGCUCCUGAGGCCCGAAGUGAAGCGGUACCUGCUCUACAGCUCCAGGGGCUUCCAGAUUGCCAUGGCCGUGGUUUUCUACAUCUCUCUCUGGACAAACUUUUACUCCACACUCCAGCUGUGUUCCCUGGGACAUUCCUGGGGGGUCAUCGUGCUGGUGACCCUAGUGGCCCUGGCUAUCACUGUCCUGGUGAUCCUGGUCAUUGAUCAGCACCAGAGGAAGCUAAACGUGAACACAGAUGUGAGGCUGGCAGCUGUCAAUGAAAUCUUUAUCAAGCACAGCAUAAUCCUGGGGAUUACAGAUGUCCUGGAUGGGCCACACAACAUCCUGCAACUGUGGUUUGUGCACUUCAGCCCUGAGCACUGCCUGCAGGCCCUGUCAGCCCACAUCACUCACCUGCAGGGGACACAGGCAGGCUUGAGGCACAGGCUGAAGAAGCUCUGUGUGGUCAUGGAUGUGGCAGUUCAACCCGAGCUGGGGAUGGAGGAGGAGGCUCCAUGUGAAGAAUCCCCUCUUUUAUCCAGCAGGGUGACUCUGAAUAAAGAUCCUGUGACCUGCAAUGAGCUCCUGCACCUCAUGCCCGAGGGCCCACCCGAGGCCAUGGCCCAGCAGCUCCUGGUGAUCUUCAGUGGCUGCUACGUGCGGCUCCUGGUCACGGGCCGGCUCCCUCGGGCCGGGCCAGGGGGACACCUGGGCCACAGCAGCGUUCCCUGUCUCUGCCAGUUCAUCCAGAGCACCGUGCUCCAUCCCCACCACAGCUGGGGCAGGGACAGGUGACCAGAGGGGGCUGGAAAACACCAGAAUAGAGCUGUCCCCACACACCAGUGUGGAGAGGCUGUGGGGCAGAGAA